AGCUUCUCCAUGUGAAGUUGAACUUCAAGAAUUAGUGCAUCAAAUUGUCAUCAUGGUAAACAGGAAGAAGGUGGAAUGGGAAAGGAAGAUGAAAGCUUUAGAAGCAAAGAUGGAUAUCCAGGAUCAAGAAUUAGCAAGUGCCCAAAGCAAACUGGAUCAAAAAGGUCAAGAGGUAGGACUACUUCGACAGAAACUGGAAGAGUUACAGAAAACUAAAUAUGAAAUGGCUCAGAAUUAUGAAACUCAGCUUCAAGCACUGCAAUCUCAAUUUUCAAAGUUGACACAUAGUUAUGAAAAGCUGCAGUCACAUCGGUUAAAACAAAAAAAGGUUGAAGGUAGAGAAAAAUGUGAGAAAAGCCUAGAGACACCAUCUGAACUGAGCAAUUUAUACAAGAAACUAGAGGAAUUUGAGGCAAAAUCAAGAGAAUGGGAUAAGAAGGGGACAAUCUGCCAAAAUUAUCUUGUUUAUUUAGAUGCUCAACAAAAAUUGUUGUCCGAGAAACGUAGUUUAUUUCAGAAGCAGACCCAGAAUUAUCAAUUCCAAAUAAGCAAUAAUAUACAAAACCAAGAAGAGGUAAUUACCUAUGGCCAGCCCAAAAGUGAAAAGGAUAAGUUGAUUGUUGAAAAGCUAAAGGCAACUGUGAAUGAAAUGGUGAUAAACAGGAAUAAACUAGAAGAGGAAAAUCUGAAACUCAGGGAGGAUCUAAAAAUGUACCAAAACCAGUGCCAGAACAUGGAGGCAGGCUUUUCAGAAACGAGAAAUGAGCUGCAGUCACGAGAUGCUCUCUGGAGAAGGAUACAACUGGAAUGCCAACAGUUGCAUGCAGAAUUGUUGAAAGUCAGAGAGUAUAAAGACAUGCAGGAAAUUCAAAUAAAGCAUCAGUCACCUUGUGUACAACUUACUAACCGACUAGAAAAUAAAAACGCUGAGUUAUUACUACUGGCACAAAGUCAAGAACACCAACAAGAAGAGCUAAAUAAGAUAAGAAACCAUCUUUAUCGAGAGGAGCAGUCCCAUCGCUCUGAGCAGGAAAGAACGAAGACAGAAAUCUCUGACCUGACAGAAGAGCUUCAUCAGAAGGAGAUCACUAUAGCAACUAUCAUGGAGAAAGCUAGUCUUCUGGAAAGACAGUUAAAAAUGGAGUUAGAGAUAAAAGACAAAUUGUUAGCAAAACAACAGUUGUUGGAUUUCCUAUACAAAGUUAUCAAAUCUGAAAACACACAUCUGAAAGAGAUGGUGGAAAACCAGGAGUGUAAAACUUGCACGAGUAUAGAUUUAUCUAACAAAGAACAUGGAAGUUUCACAGCUUCCAUUCACAAACUGGAACAUGAGAAUGUAAGAUUACAAAACAGGCAUCUUAAACUACAAAAUGACGUAGAAACAUCGAUACUGGGUGGCAUGGAUACAUAUGGAGAAACAGACCACAGCUACCAAACCCGUUCAAAGAUGCAACAAAAGGAAGACAGAGGUCAUGAAAAGAAAACAGAUGAUGAAUCUCCAUCACCACCGAUGGGGUAUCCUUUGGGCUUCAGCAGGCUGUUUCCUGAAAAGGGCCGUACAGGCAGCUUACUGAGCCCUGCUCACAGUGCAGAAGAAAUAAACUUAUCAUCACCCCCUGAGAUGUCCUUCCUUGCAACAACAGAAAAGUUCCUUCAAGAGGAAGAGAAACACACAAGGGAGUUUGAGGAACGUUUAAAUUCACACCUUGAAGAACUGCAGAGGCAUUCUGAAAAUACGCUAAAAAAAUAUGUCAGGAUACAGCAAAGCAGGCAUACUUAA